CUUGCACUUGCCACUUGGGUUGAAUUCAUCAUUGUGCUUCAGUUUUUUGGGCAUUUCGGUCGAGAUUCGUAUUGCCAUGAUGCAGCUUAGCUAUCGUGAACUCGAGGCGGACAUCGUUCGUCGCACAAAUGCCGUCUUUCCGGCUCAAAAUUGCUUUGUGGAGGUGCUUCCCGAUCGGUUGAUCAUUCCCAGGAAGUAUGUGGAGCUGGGAGAUUCCAUCCGAUCGCUGCCCGUUUUCCAGGACGAUGUGUGGAUGGUGUCGUAUCCACGCACGGGAUCCACUUGGGCCCAGGAGAUGGUCUGGCUGCUGGGUCACCAGUUGGAUUAUGUAGCUGCAGAGCAGGACUUGCGAUUGCGAUCACCACUUAUUGAACUAUCCGCCUUGUUUAGUACCGAUCAUCACGAGGCGGUGGCCGAAAAGUUUGGAAAUACCGUGGAUUUGGUUCGCAAUUUGCCACGCCCCCGCUUCGCCCGCUCCCACUUGUCCUGGCCACUUUUACCCGAGCAAUUUGAGACGGUGAAGCCGAGGAUCGUCUACACUGCGCGUAAUCCCAAGGAUCUUUGUGUGUCCUACUAUCACUACUGUAAGCUGCUCCACGGAAUCAAUGGGGAGUUCGAACAGUUUGUGGAUCUCUUUCUGGAGGGCCAUACUCCGAUGGGAUCGUAUUGGAAGCACGUUUUGCCCUUUUGGAAACGCAGUCUGGACGAGAAUGUGCUGUUCAUCAAGUACGAGGACAUGAUCAAGGAUCUGCCGAGUGUGGUUCGUCGCUGUGCCCAAUUCCUGGGCGUUCAGAGUCUCGUUGCUCCGAUGGCCAGUCUCCAGAACCUCUGCGAACAUCUCACCUUUGACAACAUGCGAAAAAAUAAAGCCGUGAAUCUAGAGAAAGUGCUACCGGAGUCAUCUUCCAAGUUCAUACGCAAUGGCAAAAUCGGAGACUGGCGUAAUCACAUGGGAAAUGAGAUGUCCGAACGAUUUGAUGAGUGGAGUGAGCAGAAUAUUCGUGGUGCUGGCCUCAAAUUUGAUUACGAGUGAAUUUAAUGAAAUCUUUUGUUAUAUCCCAGUGUUUCUAAUAUCUUUUUUCAAAAAGUACCGUAACAAGGUGUUUUAUGUUAUAUGCAAAAAAAAAUGAUUAAAAAUAAAGCAAAACAAAAUUA